AUGGCUGGAAACACGUUUGAAAUUAGUGACGACACAUUUGAAGGAAUGGUAAUUACAUCAGACACACCCGUUGUUGUCGACUUUUGGGCAGAGUGGUGUGGUCCUUGCAAAAUGAUUGCGCCGAUCUUGGAGGAGCUCGCCGGUGAGAACUCUGAGGCAUUUAAAGUUGGAAAAGUAAACGUUGAUGCCAACCGUCAGACCGCGAUGCAGUACGGCGUUCGGAGCAUCCCAACGCUGCUCGUGUUCAAAGACGGCAAAGUUGCGGGGCAGAUUGUCGGCGCGAUGCCCAAAGAAGCACUCAAGAAGAAAAUCUUAGACGUCCCUAUAAGCCGUUCCAUUCGUAAUCACACCUCUGGAGAAUGGAAGAUUGUAUAA